AUCACAACGCAAACUCGUGACACCGCCUUUGUUCGAUGCAAGGAGUUGUGUAUUCCGGUGUCAUGGCUCUACGGUGUACAACAGCUAUUGUUCGCAAUGUUCCUAACGUUUUUGUGGAGGCAUUGAGGCUAGAUGGUUCUCAGGCAGUUGUGCUGGAAAAAGCGAAGAAGCAAUUGACAAAUUACAUUGAGACCUUGGAACGCUGUGGUGUCAGGGUUGUGACUCUGCCCACAGAUGAGCGGCUCCCUGACUGCCCUUUCGUUGAAGAUGUAGCAGUUGUUAUCGGUGCACGUGCGCUUGUCACGCGCCCAGGCCACCCGUCACGCCGAGAGGAGGUGGGGGUGAUGAGGGAGGCGCUGAAGUCGCUGCAGAAGGCCCCUCAGAUCUACGAGAUGGAGGACCCAGAAGCCUGCAUGGACGGAGGGGAUGUCUUGUUUACAGGUCGGGAGAUAUUUGUUGGUCAGUCAAAGAGAACCAAUGAAAAAGGUGUGCAGUGCUUGGCAAAAACAUUCCCAGAAUUCUCUGUGACGUCAUUUCCUGUGAGAGACACGCUGCAUUUAAAGAGCCUGGCAACCAUGUGUGGAGAGGACAUGAUAGCUGUUGGAGGGGAUCAGGAGGCCAUGGAAACUCUCAACAGGAUGAAGUCCCAGGCCAAGUUCAAGUACGAGUACGUCCAGUUGGACAACAACGCUGCUGCCAAUGUGCUUCUGGUCAACGGCAACGUGUUUGUGAAGCCUGGCGAUGAGAUCGGCCACAACAACUAUGAUAUACUAAAGAAGCGUGUGAAGGGGAGAGUGAUCGAUGUCCCAUUCUCAGAAUUCUACAAGGUGGAUGGUUGUCUCACCUGCUGUUCGGUGCUCAUUAAUCAGGAGGCUGUCUCGGGAUGAACACCUUCACUCUGUACACCUGCUCAAAUCUCAUAACAAUUGCUUAAUAAAUAAUAGUCUUGGUUCUCAGGCACUGUCCCUAUCAUCAUAAAAUCUGUCGCACGUUUUGUUUUUAUUUCCAUUCUCUAAAAAAUGAAAAAUUCCUAGUGGUUAAAAACAAUGCAAUCAAAAAUAUCACCCUUUACAUGCGCACUGCUUUACUGUGCAUCUCAUGUUUUGAUCAUGGCGGCAAUAGUUUGUACGCUUGUUUACGUAGAGAGGCCCUUUCCCAGAUUGAUGGUACACGACUGUUUAUUUGGUUACAUACUAGAUUGAACAAGCCCCACCCCUCCCCCCCCAAAAAAAAGAAAAUAGAAAUCACCCCACGCCCGCACUAAAUUUUCGAAAGUCAUUACCUGAGAACCAUUUUUUUAUAUUUUUUAAGCCAAAUUCAGUUUUCCUUACAUGUAUAUUUGUAUGUGCAGAAAAUUAUUAGCUGCCGUGUCGAUGGAUAAUUAUUCUGCCCUUGCAAACAAGUGAUGAUGUCUAUUGUCAUAGUAAAUAAGAUACCUACCUGUGUAGGUAGAUAUUUUGAUAAAUGGUUUUAAAAUCUUACAGCUAGGUGAUAAUAAGGAAUUCUUCACUAUGAUUGAUUUUAUGAUUUUUGAAAUGUAAAAUAGUGAAGUACUGUUUUUUCCCGAAUGCCUUUUUUUUUUAUGAUCAUCGCAGUGUUGGGUGAUGUGAGCUUCCGGUACACCAGUGAUGCUGCUCGUUAAGUCAUCUACCUCUCCGUUGUUACCCAUAUAAACCAGGUCACUCAUUUCAGGAUGUGUUCAGUGAAAGUCGUAUUGCUUUGUCCUGAUCAGACCCAGAUCAAGCUUCAACAUUUUUUGACACUUCGGGCAGGCUUAUUUGUAAAACAAAAAGAAUAUCUAUUUUGUGUCACAUAUUGUUUAAAUCAAAGGGUUAACAUUGUAUUUUCAUUAAAUUAUAUGAUUUAGAAACAUUUCACUUGUAUAAAUGUACAUGUGUGAUUGGUUAUAGGAACAUGUUUUUGGUUAAAGCUGAGGAUCAUAUUAUGAGAACAUGAUUGGCCUCUCAAAUCUCUGUAUCUUCUACCACAGUACUUGUGGUAGAAGAUACAGAGACUUGACUUGAGAUAUACUGUUAAACGUGAAAUUAACGCGAGCGUGAAUUAAAUGCGAAAAAGUGAGUGGUCUUUGCUCGCAUUAUUAAACAUCGCAUUUAUAUCAACAAUAAGACAUUUUGGAUAGCAGAAAUACCAACUUAGA